GGACAGAAGGGCAGCGCUUCCUCUUCCGGUGAGGCCUGCGCUGCCUAUGUGCAAAGCACUGUACUAAGCGCUUGGAAGGUGCGAUUAGGGAACAGUGAUUGGUAUAGUGUUCUCUGCCCCAAGACACGAUAAAUAGUCUCCCGAAACUUGGAGAGUAUAGCUGGCCUCCUGGAGGAUCGCGUGGCGUCGACCGGGCUCCCGGGUUGUGUGCGUGUCCGGUUCCCCUCUCUGCGGCCGGAAUGGAGAUGACCACCAUCAACGAGCUUCCCGAGAACAUCCUCCUGGAGCUGUUCUCCUUGGUCCCGGCGCGGGAGCUGCUGCUCCGCUGCCGGCCCGUGUGCAGCCUGUGGCGGGACGUCAUCGACCUGCUGUCCCUCUGGAAGCGCAAGUGCCAGCGCGAGGGCUUCAUCUCCGACCGCUGGGACCGGCCCGUCGCCGACUGGAAGAUCUUCUACUUCCUCUGCAGCCUCAAGAAGAACCUGAUCCGCAAUCCCUGUGCCGAAGAGGAACUUGGAUCUUGGUUGAUUGAUGAGAACGGGGGAGAUAACUGGAAUAUUGAAAAUUUGCCAGGAGAACACGGGCAAGAGUUCCCCGACCCCAGAGUCAGAAAAUACUUUGUCACGUCCUACGGAUUAUGCCUCAAGUCUCAGAUCAUUAACCUGAAAGAAGAAGGCUACUGGGAUGAGCUGCUGGACAAUAUCAAACCAGCCAUUGUGGUUGAAGACUGGUUCGCCGCGAGGCACGACUGUGGCUGCAAGUACCGCAUCUGGGUGCAGCUGCUCUCCGCCGACUUCAUCGUGCUGGACUCGUUCCAUCCGGAGCCCGUGGUCAUCGAGCAGUGGAGCGACGCAGAGUGGAGAAAGGUCUCCCACACGUUCUCCAACUACCCUGCGGGAGUUCGCUACAUCCGGUUUCAGCACGGGGGCAAGGACACUCAGUUUUGGGCCGGCUGGUACGGUCCUCGGGUCACAAACAGCAGCAUCACCGUCGAACCAGAGCUGACUGGGAAUUGUACGUCCGGACGCCCUGGCUCCCGGCCCAUUAUCGCCCCAACUAGCGGAUCAGGGGACUAGGGGGAUGCUUUAACCCUUUAUUCCAGCCUACCUUGUUAAUUCCACCAGGCCCAAAUGGGCCCACACCACAGUUCGGUCUUCUCGUUUGGCAAGCAGUUGCUUGCGGCUUCUGUUGCCAAUCGAGUUGGGGGCCCCUUCCUCUCUGACUCGGGCUGGGGCGCUGGAAGAAGCCUGAAGGUGGGUGGGUCCUUGGGCCCCAGAUUCAAUUCCCCAGGGACCCCGUUCCUAUUUCUGUGCCUGAAACAGUGCUCCAGUGGGGAGACGAAGCCACCUGCUGCCAAUGCCAGCCCCUGUUCUCUGCCUUUGUCUUCCUGCUCCUCUUCUGGCCUGUUUCCCCUACACUUGCCGUUCCCACAAGGCAACUGCUUCUCAGGAAAAGAGUCUUUAUGGGUAUGAAGAAAAGGCUACCUCCUCCUCAGCUUAACAUUAGCAAGUCCCUGACGUCCUCUGCACCAAACCCUGCCUUCCCCUGCUUCUACGGCAGACCCCACCUCCACGAAGUCCUCCCCGCUUACCCCUCCUGGCUCAGGUUCCUCAUUUCCCUUUUGGCUUUAGAAAUACUCUCUAUUACGCUGGGUGCGGGAUCUGAUGCUCAGACAAUGCAGGGGCCCGCUGGCUGCAACCUCA